CAUCAAUCCACACUCUACAUUCCAUCCCAAAUCUAGCAAUCAUGCAAGCCGCCAAGGAAGCAGUCAACAAGUUCACCAGCAAGCAUGGUCACCAUGACACUACUGUGCACGAGAAAGUAGCACCUUCAGUCCAGAACGAGACAGUCACACGAAACCAAGAGGAUCGAGUGACCACCGCCAUUGACAAGGAAGUGCACCAAGAUCACUACCACACUAGUGUUCAGCCUGUGCACGACCGCGAGGUCCUUCCAGAGAAGCAUCACCACAAUCUUGUCGGCGUUGAGCACCGAAACAUCGAGCACGAUGACCACAGCAAGGUCAAGUCCACUCUUGACCGGGAAGCCGCCAAGUUCAAGGACACCACCGAGCGUGUAGAGGGUCAGCACACCACUACCGCCCAGCCAGUCGCUACUGGCGAGCACGUGCACCACCACGUGCACGAAACCAUUCAACCUGUCGUCAACAAGCAGACUAUCGAGCCACACGUUGUGCACACCACCGUUCCAAUCCAUGAGGUUCACCACAACGCAGCCCAACAUCAUGCUACUUCUCAGCUACCAGCUGUCAGCAUGGCAGACUACAAGAAGCAGGGCGGCGCCUUGAAUGGACGUGAUGAGCGCUCAGAUGCUUUCAAUGGCUGCCCAAAGCCAAUCAGCGGUUCCAGCGAUGAUGUCCACAAAGCUGGUGCUGGCAUCACCUCCAACGGUAACCACACCCACGGCAGCAACGGUCUCACCAGUGAUCGCAGCCGCGAGACCAAUGGCGCCGGUGUAGGAACAGGUGUGGCUGCUGGCGCUGACAAGCUCGCACACAAUGGCGUGCACAACACGACUAGCAAUGACGGCACUCACGGUGGCUACUCUGGAAACCGAUACAAGGACUUACCAGACAGCAUCACCGGCCGCGACACUUCUGCCGCGACUUCUGGCGGUACUGGGGGUGUUACCGCAACUGGCAUGAAGAACGGCAAGCCUUCCCUCCUCGACCGUCUCAACCCAAUGAAGGAUAGUGAUGGAGAUGGAAAGAAGGGUAUUAUGGAUUAGAAACGAUGAGAUAUGAUUACGAUUCUUGAUCAUGAAAAUUACGACGAUACCAGCGGAUUAGCGUAGCGUAUAUACUACAUGAA